CACUUGAAGGUUACAUCUCUAAGGCAGGGUCUUUGACUGGCUGCCAUCAAUAGCCAGCAGCCAUGAGUUCCGACGCUGAGAUGGCUGUUUUUGGGGAGGCUGCUCCUUACCUCCGAAAAUCUGAAAAGGAGCGAAUUGAGGCCCAGAACAAGCCCUUUGAUGCCAAGUCAUCAGUCUUUGUGGUGGACCCUAAGGAGUCCUUUGUGAAAGCAACGGUGCAGAGCAGGGAGUCGGGGAAGGUGACAGCCAAGACCGAAGCUGGAGCUACUGUAACUGUGAAAGAUGACCAAGUCUAUCCCAUGAACCCUCCCAAGUAUGACAAGAUCGAGGACAUGGCCAUGAUGACCCACCUGCACGAACCUGCUGUGCUGUACAACCUCAAAGAGCGCUAUGCAGCCUGGAUGAUCUACACCUAUUCAGGCCUGUUCUGUGUCACUGUCAACCCCUACAAGUGGCUGCCAGUUUAUAAUGCAGAGGUGGUGGCUGCCUACAGAGGCAAGAAGCGCCAGGAAGCCCCGCCCCACAUCUUCUCCAUCUCCGACAACGCCUAUCAGUUCAUGCUGACCGAUCGGGAGAAUCAGUCUAUCUUAAUCACCGGAGAAUCUGGUGCAGGGAAGACUGUGAACACCAAGCGUGUCAUCCAGUACUUUGCAACAAUUGCAGUUACUGGGGACAAGAAGAAGGAGGAAGCUACUUCGGGCAAAAUGCAGGGGACCCUGGAAGAUCAAAUCAUCAGCGCCAACCCCCUACUGGAGGCCUUUGGCAAUGCCAAGACUGUGAGGAAUGACAACUCCUCCCGCUUUGGUAAAUUCAUCAGGAUCCACUUUGGUACCACAGGGAAACUGGCUUCUGCUGAUAUUGAAACAUAUCUACUGGAGAAGUCUAGAGUUACUUUCCAGCUGAAGGCAGAAAGAAGCUACCAUAUUUUUUAUCAGAUCAUGUCUAACAAGAAGCCAGAUCUGAUUGAAAUGCUCCUGAUCACCACCAACCCAUAUGACUAUGCCUUUGUCAGCCAAGGGGAGAUCACAGUGCCCAGCAUUGAUGACCAAGAAGAGCUGAUGGCCACUGAUAGUGCCAUUGACAUCCUGGGCUUUACUUCUGAUGAAAGAGUGUCCAUCUAUAAGCUCACAGGGGCUGUGAUGCAUUACGGGAACAUGAAGUUCAAGCAAAAGCAACGUGAGGAGCAGGCAGAGCCAGACGGCACUGAAGUUGCGGACAAGGCAGCCUAUCUCCAGAGUUUGAACUCUGCUGACCUGCUCAAAGCCCUCUGCUACCCCAGGGUCAAGGUUGGCAAUGAGUAUGUCACCAAAGGCCAGACCGUACAGCAGGUGUACAAUGCAGUGGGUGCUCUGGCCAAAGCCAUCUAUGAGAAGAUGUUUCUGUGGAUGGUCACCCGCAUCAACCAGCAGCUGGACACCAAGCAGCCCAGACAGUACUUCAUCGGGGUCUUGGACAUUGCAGGCUUUGAGAUCUUUGAUUUCAACAGCCUGGAGCAGCUGUGCAUCAACUUCACCAAUGAGAAACUGCAACAGUUUUUCAACCACCACAUGUUCGUGCUGGAGCAGGAGGAGUACAAGAAGGAAGGCAUUGAGUGGGAGUUCAUCGACUUCGGGAUGGACCUGGCUGCCUGCAUCGAGCUCAUUGAGAAGACCGUGGUGGGGCUAUACCAGAAGUCUUCAAUGAAGACUCUGGCUUUCCUCUUCUCUGGGGCAGCUGCAGCUGCUGAAGCAGAGUCUGGCGGUGGAAAGAAAGGAGCUAAGAAGAAGGGUUCUUCUUUCCAGACUGUGUCUGCGCUCUUCAGGGAGAACUUGAAUAAGCUGAUGACCAACUUGAGGAGCACUCACCCCCACUUUGUACGCUGCCUCAUCCCCAAUGAAACCAAAACUCCUGGGGCCAUGGAGCACGAGCUGGUGCUGCACCAGCUGCGGUGUAACGGGGUGCUGGAAGGCAUCCGCAUCUGCAGGAAGGGCUUCCCCAGCAGGAUCCUGUAUGCGGACUUCAAACAGAGAUACAAGGUACUAAAUGCAAGUGCUAUCCCUGAAGGACAAUUCAUUGACAGCAAGAAGGCUUCUGAGAAGCUCCUUGGAUCCAUUGACAUUGACCAUACCCAGUAUAAAUUUGGUCACACCAAGGUCUUUUUCAAAGCUGGUCUUCUGGGGCUCCUGGAAGAGAUGCGAGAUGAAAAGCUGGCCGAACUGAUUACCCGAACUCAGGCCAGGUGCAGAGGUUACUUGGCAAGAGUAGAGUACCAGAAGAUGGUGGAGAGAAGAGAGUCCAUCUUCUGCAUCCAGUACAAUGUCCGUGCCUUCAUGAAUGUCAAGCACUGGCCUUGGAUGAAGCUAUAUUUCAAGAUCAAGCCCCUGCUUAAGAGUGCAGAGACAGAAAAGGAGAUGGCCAACAUGAAGGAAGAAUUUGAAAAAACCAAAGAAAACCUUGCAAAGGCCGAGGCCAAAAAAAAGGAGCUAGAAGAAAAAAUGGUUGCUUUGAUGCAAGAGAAAAAUGACCUGCAACUCCAGGUUCAAUCUGAAGCUGAUGCCUUGGCUGAUGCAGAGGAAAGGUGUGACCAGCUCAUCAAAACCAAAAUCCAGCUAGAGGCCAAAAUCAAAGAGGUGACUGAGAGAGCUGAGGACGAGGAAGAGAUCAAUGCGGAGCUGACCGCCAAGAAGAGGAAACUGGAGGACGAAUGUUCAGAACUGAAGAAAGACAUCGACGACCUUGAGCUGACACUGGCCAAGGUGGAGAAGGAGAAGCAUGCCACUGAGAACAAGGUGAAAAACCUCACUGAGGAGAUGGCAGGCCUGGAUGAAACCAUCGCAAAGCUGACCAAGGAGAAGAAGGCCCUCCAAGAGGCCCACCAGCAGACGCUGGACGACCUUCAGGCAGAAGAGGACAAAGUCAACACCCUGACCAAAGCUAAAAUCAAGCUUGAACAACAAGUAGAUGAUCUUGAAGGAUCUUUGGAACAAGAAAAGAAAAUCCGGAUGGAUCUAGAAAGAGCAAAGAGAAAACUGGAGGGAGACCUAAAAUUAGCCCAAGAAUCCACAAUGGACGUGGAAAAUGACAAACAGCAACUUGAUGAAAAGCUUAAAAAAAAAGAGUUUGAAAUGAGCAAUCUGCAAAGCAAGAUUGAAGACGAACAGGCUCUUGGGAUGCAGCUGCAGAAGAAGAUCAAGGAGUUACAGGCCCGCAUUGAGGAGCUGGAGGAGGAAAUCGAGGCAGAGCGCGCCUCCAGGGCCAAAGCAGAGAAGCAGCGCUCUGACCUCUCCCGGGAACUGGAGGAGAUCAGCGAGCGGCUGGAAGAGGCUGGCGGGGCCACAUCAGCCCAGAUUGAGAUGAACAAGAAGCGGGAGGCCGAGUUCCAGAAGAUGCGCCGGGACCUGGAGGAGGCCACCCUGCAGCACGAAGCCACCGCGGCCACUCUGAGGAAGAAGCACGCAGACAGCGUGGCCGAGCUCGGGGAGCAGAUCGACAACCUGCAGAGGGUCAAGCAGAAGCUGGAGAAGGAGAAGAGCGAGAUGAAGAUGGAGAUCGAUGAUCUUGCUAGCAACAUGGAGACAAUCUCCAAAUCCAAGGGAAACCUGGAAAAGAUGUGCCGCACCCUAGAAGAUCAAGUGAGUGAAUUAAAGACCAAGGAGGAGGAGCAGCAGCGUCUGAUCAAUGACCUGACAGCUCAGAGGGGUCGCCUGCAGACAGAGUCAGGUGAAUAUUCACGCCAGCUGGAUGAAAAGGACUCACUAGUUUCUCAGCUUUCAAGAGGCAAACAAGCAUUUACACAGCAGAUUGAGGAACUAAAAAGGCAGCUUGAAGAGGAGGUCAAGGCCAAGAGUGCCCUGGCCCACGCCCUGCAGUCCUCGCGCCAUGACUGUGACCUGCUCAGGGAACAGUAUGAGGAGGAGCAGGAAGCCAAGGCCGAGCUGCAGAGGGCCAUGUCCAAGGCCAACAGCGAGGUCGCCCAGUGGAGGACCAAAUACGAGACAGACGCCAUCCAGCGCACGGAGGAGCUGGAGGAGGCCAAGAAGAAGCUGGCCCAGCGCCUGCAGGAUGCUGAGGAGCACGUGGAGGCUGUGAACGCCAAGUGUGCCUCCCUCGAGAAGACCAAGCAGCGGCUCCAGAAUGAAGUGGAGGACCUCAUGAUUGACGUGGAGAGAACCAACGCAGCCUGUGCAGCUCUGGACAAAAAGCAAAGGAACUUUGACAAGAUCCUGGCAGAAUGGAAACAGAAGUAUGAAGAAACUCAUGCUGAACUUGAAGCUUCUCAAAAGGAAUCCCGCUCACUCAGCACAGAACUGUUCAAGAUUAAGAAUGCUUAUGAGGAAUCCCUAGACCAUCUUGAAACCUUGAAGAGGGAAAAUAAGAAUUUGCAACAGGAGAUUUCUGACCUCACUGAGCAGAUUGCAGAAGGAGGGAAGCGUAUCCAUGAACUGGAAAAAAUAAAGAAGCAAAUUGAACAAGAAAAGUCAGAACUUCAGGCUGCUUUAGAAGAGGCAGAGGCAUCUCUGGAACACGAAGAGGGAAAGAUUCUGCGCAUCCAGCUAGAGCUGAACCAAGUCAAGUCUGAAAUUGAUAGGAAAAUCGCUGAAAAGGAUGAGGAAAUUGACCAGCUGAAGAGAAACCACAUCAGAGUGGUGGAGUCCAUGCAGAGCACACUGGACGCUGAGAUCAGGAGCAGGAAUGAUGCCAUCAGGAUCAAGAAGAAGAUGGAGGGAGACCUCAAUGAGAUGGAGAUCCAGCUGAACCACUCCAACCGCAUGGCUGCAGAGGCCCUGAGGAACUACAGGAACACCCAAGGCAUCCUCAAGGACACGCAGAUCCACCUGGACGAUGCUCUCCGGGGCCAGGAGGACCUGAAGGAGCAGCUAGCCAUGGUAGAGCGCAGAGCCAACCUGCUGCAGGCUGAGAUUGAGGAGCUGCGGGCCACCCUGGAACAGACGGAGAGGAGCAGGAAAAUGGCAGAGCAGGAGCUCCUGGAUGCCAGUGAGCGCGUUCAGCUCCUGCACACCCAGAACACCAGCCUGAUCAACACCAAGAAGAAGCUGGAGACAGACAUUUCCCAAAUCCAGGGAGAGAUGGAGGACAUUGUCCAGGAAGCUCGCAAUGCAGAAGAGAAGGCCAAGAAGGCCAUCACUGAUGCGGCCAUGAUGGCUGAGGAGCUGAAGAAGGAGCAGGACACCAGCGCCCACCUGGAGCGCAUGAAGAAGAACCUGGAGCAGACGGUGAAGGACCUGCAGCACCGUCUGGAUGAGGCUGAGCAGCUGGCCCUGAAGGGCGGGAAGAAGCAGAUCCAGAAACUGGAGGCCAGGGUACGUGAACUGGAAGGAGAAGUUGAAAAUGAACAGAAGCGCAAUGUUGACACUGUCAAGGCUCUGCGCAAACAUGAGAGAAGAGUGAAGGAACUCACUUACCAAACUGAGGAAGACCGUAAGAACGUGCUCAGGCUCCAGGAUCUGGUGGAUAAGCUGCAAGCAAAGGUGAAGGCUUACAAGAGACAAGCUGAAGAAGCGGAGGAACAAUCCAAUGUCAACCUUGCCAAAUUCCGCAAGAUCCAGCACGAGCUGGAGGAGGCCGAGGAGCGGGCUGACAUUGCUGAGUCCCAGGUCAACAAGCUGCGGGUGAAGAGCCGGGAGGUUCACACGAAAAUCAUAAGUGAAGAGUAAUUCAUCCAAAUGUUGAAAAGUGACCAAAGAAAUGCACAAAAUGUGAACAUCUUUGUCACUCUGUUUUGUACCUAUG